AGAUUCGUGCCAUCCCACGCACAUGGCAGCUGAUCUCAAGUCGAUCGAUUCUUCAUCCUCCCCGCGAAUCCUGUCUUACUACAUCCUAUAUCACUCUAUGAUAAACAUGCAUUGUUUUCAGAUUGUGUCAGUCUCUAGGGCACCAUAAGUCUAAGGUCCUUCGUCCGAUAAGACCCUGGGAGCGAGUUUAUCGUCUUGUCAUACCUUUAAUCCCUACUUUUAGCUCUUCGAUACCGCAGACGGGAGGGCCGUGACAUUAAGGGUCGACUUAAAAGGAACCUUAUAUUGACACCUCCACCCUGGCAGCGCUCAAAAACCUUUGGUUGUACCUGAUAUGUCAUCGAACGAAGCUAGUCUUAGCACGGGGCAGAUCAAAGCCAUAGUCGCAUCAACGGUGACGGCGGUGACGUUUCUAAUCGCCGUUCCAGUAGCAGUGCGUUGCUACGUGGUACGACGGCGGCGGCAGCGCGACAUCAAAGAGAUACCGAAACGAGAUAUAGGAACAUCAUCAGAUAGUACAGUAUCUGAGAUAGAACGAGGCGGCACUGAUGAACCCAGAAACUCGGCUGCUGAUACAACCCGAAGCUCGAUCUGGGGAGAUACAAGGGGUUCUGUCGUCGUCCCUACAUCUAUUUUCAACGUUGAGGAUGACGUGUGGGAUAGUCGACAGUGGCCGCUGCCACCAGGCCAUUCAGAACGAUACACAUUUUUUAGCGAGAGAAGUUCGACAACGAUAGAUGAGACGUCAGAUAUUGGGCAAUUAGGAGAAGAAGAUCACGACGGAAACAUGGCUGGGAGAAGAUCUAAGAUGGAAAGCAGAUGUGAUAGUAUCUGGGGAAUAUCCGAAGCAGGCAUGGCGCAUUAAGGAUGCGGUUGUUUGUAUGAGACAUGAAUAAUGAUAUAAUGUUUUUCAGGUUUAAAAAUUCACGCCUUAUAUGAAACAAAUGGAAGACGGGCUGGGAUAUCAAGAUUGUGGCUUCCCUAGAUAUAUCUUCGCGAAUCAGCCUUUCAUCGGCCUAUUCGGAUCUGAUAAAGGAGAACGCCGGGGACGGGGCUUGGAUGAUCAGCCGGGAAUAAGCCGAUUCGGAGUAGUGGGUCUCAACUGGGGAUAAGCCAUUGGUGCGCUAAUAAUUAAGCAGCGCUGAAAAACCUGGGGAAGGAACUGUGAUCUGGGCGAAUGGAAGAAGUGACGUGCCAAUCAAUUGCUAGGUCCUUU